CCGUGGGCAGGCGGACACGCCCACGGGGUGCCGAUUCUGCAGACGAAGCUGACGCCGGAGCAGCAGAAGUACUGGGAGAGCUACAACACCACGACGUACCUCACGCUCGAGUCGCCGUACAGCGGCCACAUCCACGCGCACCUGGCGCUCCUCUUCAUCUCGGCGUUUGUGCUGUACCCGUUCGUGCUCGUGCUCAACAACCUCGAGUCGAACUGGUUCUUGCCGCUCCUGGCCGUGCAGGCGUCGCUCUCGGUCGUGUCGUGCAUCCUCUACUCGGUGUUCAUCAACAACGUGCCGGACUUGUAUCCCAACAUGGCGUACACGAAGAUGGUGACGGGCUGGUUUGUGCUCACGCUCCUGCAGGCCCUCUUUGCCGUGGUGAACUCCGUCCGCAGAUGGCUCAACGACUUCUGCUCGCCCUCGUCAACCCUCUUUGACGACGACAACGCAGACACCGACUCCUUCAACCUGGACGACGACGACAACUCCGCCAGCGCGACAAUGCACGGCCUGGGCCUCAACUACAAUGGCAACAGCACAAACAAUACCCUGAGAUCCGGCUCCAACUCCGGCUCCAACUCCGGCUCCCCGCUAGCCUCCACCUCCCAGUUGACAAGGUCCCGGAACGCCGUCAUGCAAGCCCUCUCCUCUUCGAAAGCCCUCACCGUCCUCUCCUCAUCCUUUGGCUCCCUCUUCACCUUCCUCCACAGCGUCACCACCUGGGUCCUCCUGGCAUACUUCUUCGUGCUCUUCCCAACGGCGCUCUCUUGCUUGAACUUGUUUGGCAAGGGACAGAGGGUCUUCAACCUCUUGGCCCACUUCAUCAAAGGCGGGGUGUUUUUCACCUUGGGCCUACUCUCCUUGGCCCGUUACUGCGGCUGCUUUGCAGGUAUUGGAGGAGGCUGGAACUACGCAUACAUCGAUUUAGACAGAAACAAAUAUGGCGGCUUGAUUUGCACCUUUGAGUCCGUCGAGUCCUUCCUCAUCUUUUUCUACGGCUGCUCCAACGUCUUCCUCGAACACUUGGCCUCCACAGAUGGUGUCUGGACCGCCAAGGACUUGCAACACGUCUCCAUCGCAUUCAUGUACUUUGGUGCAGGUUUAUGCGGACUCAUCACAGAGUUCAAACUCUCCUCAUGGAGACGCUCGCUAUUUUUCAACGUUGCCGGUAAGCAGCUUGCCACCACCGAGAACAUUCAGCUUGACGAUAACCUGACUAUCGACGACCAACACCACAUUUUGGGAUCGAACAAGAUGAUUACUCCAGGUUUCUCACCUAACCCCUUCCCAGUAUUCACAAUCUUCUGGACAGGAGUGUUGAUGUCCAAGCACGCCCAAGCGUCAGCCUUGUCUUCUGCAAUUCACGUUCAAUGGGGAUCACUUUUAACAUACGGUUCUUUCUUCCGUGUCUUUACAUUCUUCCUCAUGUCAUACUAUCCUCUGCAUGGCUCGAGAGAGUGCUUCCUGCCUUCUAAGCCAUUGACGGAGUUGGUCACCAGUUUCUGCUUGCUCUGUGGUGGUAUGGUCUUCAUGGAGAGCACCGACCAAGUCAUUGAAGCGUUGGCCUACAGGGGCUUAACCCCAAUGUUUACCAUCAACGUUAGUGUCGGGAUCAUCAGUUUACUCAUGGCCUGGGUUAUGUUCAUCUUCGCCGUCAAGGAUAGAAUGAGAGCCAGA